AAGCCACGUUUGUAUUCAAAAAGUUGUUCUAUUUGUUACGUGAAAAUCCCAAAUAACUGUAAUGACGCAUUUCAGAUUUUUCAAUUGAUUCUUUAUCGAAUUUUCAAUCCAAAUAAUGGUGCUGACCUCACAAAGUUUUUCAAGCAAGUUUCCACCCUCUGUUAGAAGUCAUUUGACGCAAGUUUACUGGACACUUUUAGUUUCCAUACUUUUCAUGUCUGUUGGCUUAUCAAUGCACCUCUACUUUUCAAUUGGGUAUUCGACAGUUCCUCAACUUUUGGUGCCCCUUCUCACCUUACUAAACGUCUUUUACCCGCGGAACCCCCAGACAGAGAAGACUCGAAAAUACCUCCUCUAUUCUUUGUGUACUGCUAUAGGGUGUGAAAUGGGUCCUCUCAUUGAAGUGGCUCUCGAAACAGAUCCCAGUAUCUUUCUUACUGCGGUUUCGGGUACUGCAGUAGUCUUUCUAUGUUUUAGUGGAGCGGCUAUUGUUGCCGAGCGCAAAAGCUACCUGUUUCUUGGGGGAUUUCUUUCUUCAUCGCUUUCUGUACUUGUAUGGUUUUCCUUAUUGUCCUUCUUGGUCUCUCUGAAAGUUGAACAAUUUGUUCAGUUGUAUGUGGGCCUCUUUGUCUUUACUGGAUAUGUUUUAUAUGACACCCAACUGAUAAUCGAGAAAGCAUAUCACGGUAGUUCUGAUGUCGUGACAGAUGCAGUUAUGUUAUUCUUUGACGUUUUAGCAAUAUUUGUUCGUAUUCUUAUCAUACUCAUGAAAAAUUUCCAAAAGAAUGAAGAAAAAGAGAGACGUAAACAUGAGUGAGUGAAACAGCUGUUGUUGUCAAUAAAGGAACGCACCCUCAAUUAGAUGUGAUCACCAC